UCUUUCCGCCCACUCAAAUAUUACCAAACGUUCAACACCAAAUUCAAACACCACUCUCCACUCCACACCGGAACAAAUGGCGAAGCUACUGCAUUCAACUCCUCGCCUCCACACAAUCCACCGCCGUAGCUUCCACCUUCUCUCCACCCUCUCUCCACCACCACUUCCUUCAUCCUCCGCCAUCUUCUUCCCUUCUCCCUCCAAUAUUCUCUCUCCUCCUCCCUCAUUCUCUCUCUCCAUCUCGCCUACUCCCUGCAACAAUUCUCUCUCCUUCUCUCUCCGCCUCUCGCCGACUCCUCGCCGCAAUUUCUCCACUCAAGCUUUCGAUUCCGAUCCCAAUUCCAAUUCCGAUUCUGGUGUUAAGCUUAAGGUUGAAGAGAAAGUCGGAGGAGAUACGAGUAAUGGAGCUCCUAAAUCAGAGGAAUCAUUUCCUAGUGGUGAAUUUGAAUUCAAAGAAUUCGGCAUUUGGAAGAGUUUCGUCGUUAAAUGCCGUAUGCUCAUUGCAUUUCCUUGGCAGAGGGUUAAGAAGGGCAGUGUUCUGACCAUGAAAUUGCGUGGCCAGGUUUCUGAUCAGUUGAAAUCUCGGUUUUCACAAGGAUUGUCUCUGCCUCAAUUAUGUGAGAAUUUCAUAAAGGCAGCUUAUGAUCCUCGGAUUUCUGGGGUUUAUCUUCAUAUUGAGCCUUUGAAUUGUGGAUGGGGUAAAGUUGAGGAAAUUCGGAGGCAUAUUUUGGAUUUUCGAAAGUCAGGAAAAUUUGUUGUGGGAUAUGUUCCAGUAUGCGGAGAGAAAGAAUACUAUCUGGCUUGUGCAUGUGAAGAGGUAUAUGCACCUCCAAGUGCUUACUUUCGGCUGUAUGGUUUGACUGUUCAAGCAUCAUUUCUUGGAGGUAUAUUCGAGAAAGUAGGGAUUGAACCCCAGGUUGAGAGGAUUGGCAAGUUCAAAAGUGCUGGAGACCAGCUUGUACGCAAAUCUAUUUCUGAAGAAAAUCGAGAAAUGUUGACGACAUUGCUUGACAAUAUCUAUGGAAACUGGCUUGAUAAAAUUUCUGCUGCUAAAGGGAAAAGCAGAGAUGAUGUUGAGAAGUUUAUCAAUGAAGGAGUAUACCAAAUUCAGAGGCUUAAAGAGGAGGGAUGGAUAACAAAUAUUAAUUACGAUGAUGAGGUAAUUUCAAUGUUGAAAGAGAGAUUGGGGCUCGAGAAGGAAAAGAAACUCCCAAUGGUUGAUUACAGGCGAUAUUCUGGUGUUAAAAAAUGGACUCUUGGAUUAUCUGGAGGCAAAGAGAGGAUAGCUGUCAUUAGAGCCUCUGGGAGCAUUAGUCGUGUUCGUGGUCCAUUAAGCUCACCUUCGUCAGGCAUAGUUGCAGAGCAGCUAAUCGAGAAGAUACGCAGUGUUAGAGAAUCCAAAAGAUACAAAGCUGCAAUAAUUCGAAUAGACAGCCCUGGAGGUGAUGCUCUUGCUUCAGAUCUGAUGUGGCGGGAAAUCCAACUUUUGGCGGCCGAAAAACCUGUUAUUGCGUCUAUGGCUGAUGUUGCAGCUAGUGGAGGAUAUUACAUGGCAAUGGGAGCUGCGGCCAUAGUUGCAGAAAAUCUUACUUUGACUGGUUCAAUUGGAGUUGUCACAGGGAAAUUUAAUUUGGGAAAGCUGUAUGAAAAGAUUGGAUUCAAUAAGGAGACCAUAUCAAGGGGAAAAUUUGCUGAGCUCACUGCGGCAGAACAGCGACCUUUCAGGCCAGAAGAAGCAGAGCUUUUCGCCAAGUCUGCUCAGUAUGCAUAUACACAAUUUCGAGAUAAAGCAGCCCAGUCAAGAUCAAUGCCUGUAGAUAAGAUGGAAGAAAAUGCACAAGGAAGAGUCUGGACUGGAAAUGAUGCUGCUUCUCGAGGACUUGUUGAUGCUAUUGGUGGAAUGGACCGCGCAGUUGCCAUAGCAAAGCAAAGGGCUAACAUUCCCCAGGACCUACCGGUGACCCUUGUUGAAAUGACGAAACCAUCCCCUUCGUUGCCAGAGGUUCUAAGUGGCAUAGGGAGUACACUGGUUGGGGUGGACAGAACUCUGAAAGUACUACUUCAGGAGUUAACCUCUGUAGAAGGAAUCCAAGCAAGGAUGGAUGGGAUCAUCUUUGAGAAACUUGAUGAAACAUCUUAUGGAAAUCCCAUCAUUAAUAUGCUCAAGGAUUAUCUAGGCUCUCUCUGAAGUUAAUCAAACACCUUCCUAUUACACGCUCAUUGUCGCUAAUCGCAACACUUAAUCAAGGAGAAGAUAACUCAGACGCCGAUGUAGCAGGUAAUUUGGAUCCCAUUAUUAUACAUACAGUGCAUAAGAUUCUUAGUUAAAUGAACAAAUGUUACACAUAGCCUCAGUAUAAUGUAAAAGAGAGACUCAUUUAUCAUUAUUAAUUUUUAUUUAUUAUAUCACAAUUCGAAUUA